AUGAAGCAGCGCAUCAACUGUUAUGAGACUGAUGGAGUAACAGUGAAGAGAACGAUGGACUUGCCCGAGGUGUUCUCGAUACCGAUAAGGCAUGACCUUGUGCUGAAGACACAUGCGCUUUACAGGAUGAAGAGCAGGCAGCCGUAUGCAGUGUCGAAGACGGCCGGAAAGCAGCAUUCGGCAGAGUCGUGGGGAACAGGAAGGGCUGUUGCACGAGUACCAAGAGUGAAAGGGUCUGGUACAAGACGGGCAGGCCAGGGAGCAUUUGCAAAUUUUUGCAGAAAGGGAAGAAUGGCACAUCCAACACAGACACACAGAAGGUGGGCAAGGAAGGUAGUUGAGAAUACACUGAGGAUUGCAAUGGCAAUGGGGGUUGCAGCAUCUGCACAGGCAGGGCUUGUUGAAGCACGCGGGCACAGGAUAUCGAACAUCAAGAUGCUGCCGAUCAUUGUAUCUGACGAGAUAGCAAAGAUGAAGAAGACAAAGGAUGCAAUGAAGGUUCUUCGUGCAUUGAAUAUCGAGGAGGAGCUUGAAAGGGUUGAGAGCAGCAGAAAGGUCAGGAGCGGAAAGGGAAAGAUGAGGAACAGAAGGUAUACACAAAGGAAGGGAGUGCUACUUGUGCAUGGACAGGAUUCUGAGCUGCUUGCAUUCAGGAACAUCAGAGGUGUUGAUCAGAUGAGCAUCGAUGCACUUGAUCUUGUUGAGCUGACGCCGGGAGGGAUGGCAGGCAGGCUGAUUAUAUGGACGGAGAGUGCGUUUGAGAAGCUUGACAAACUGUUUGGAGGAUUUGAAAGAGCUUCUGAGCUGAUGGAUGGAUUUAUGCUGCCGAACAGGAUGGUUACGCACGAUGAUCUUGAGGAGCUCUUCUAUACUGAUGAGGUGCAAGCGGUUCUUGAUGAGCCAUUGCUGAUAGCAAGAGAGCCACUUGCAAUAACGGAGGAGGAGAUUGCAGAAAGAGAGAAGUUUAUCAACAAGUUUGAUGCAUCUGCAAUACGAACGGUGAAUUAA